AUGAUAGCGCACCUUCCCUCACCCGUCCUCUCGGUCGCAGCUGAUGUCGUCAGGGACCUCGAAGGCGAGGACGCCCUGUCCGGGCUCUGGGCCUUGUUUACCAAGUGCAAAGAAUCCCUCAAGGACGGCCGGCGGCUCGAGAACAUCUCCUGGCGUCUCUGGUACCGCGAAUUAGCCGCACAGCAGACUCUUUACUCGCCAGGAAGCCUAUCGCCGCCUUUCUCUGAGAAGCAGCGGAGUCCCACUCCUAUCACGCCCGUAUCAGAGGAGGACGAGAAGGCGCACGAGCAUGGUAUGUAA